CACAGAAUAGAUUAAAUUUAAUCUAUUCUAUGUUAUAAUAUUAAUUGUUAGUAUUUGGAAUUUUGUUUCUAUUUCUAGUCGUAAAUAAUAAGACUGUUCAUGUAUUGUUUUUACUUUUAUUUAGUUGCUGUAACGGGCACAGUGUUAUUUAUUUUCUAUAUAGUUAUAUUAUUUUUCAAAAUGAACUGUGAUAAUAUAGCAAAACAACUUGAAUAUGAUGAAUAUUUUUCUGACUCAUCAUUUGAUGACGACAUUCAAGAUCCAGAUUACAUAAUUAUUGAAAAUGACGAACUCGGAGGCAUACUGGCUUUUGAUUCUGAUCCAGAUGAUAAUUUUGAACUACUUCCAACGACACCCUCAGGAUCAGUUAAUAUUAUAUCAGAAUCCAGUGAAGAUGAACAACCUACAUCUAUUCGUAAUGGUGAUAAGAAUAAACAAGAUACAUAUUUGGCUGGAUUAAUUAGAGUCAACCCUGUUAUUCGUCAAAGGAAAAGAGAUGGUAGUCGAUCAAGUAAAACGUGUUCUGUAAAAUAUAGAUAA